AUGAAGGCCCUCUUCUAUUAUUGGAUCACCUCCAACUUGUUCUCCCUAGUAUAUGGAUUAAGUAAGUUAAUAGAACUAUUUUGGCAUGAUUCCACCGGGUCAAUGGAACAAUUAAAGUCAACAGUUGACCAACCUUUGACUAAUAGUCCUCUCAGCAAGAUGUUAUGCAAUGUUUACCCUGGCCUUCAUUAUUUCUUUUUUACUAAAUUUGGAGUAGCUGAAAAUCCUCCUCUCCUUGGCUACCUUCAAUCUUUGCUACAAUUAUCAUCCACAAUUUUGCCAUCACAAGCAGCUAAAACAGUUUCCGAUGUUUUUGAACAGUGGAAUGAUGGAAUGGAAUCUGGGAUUCUGAGUUCUGAAGAUAUUGGCUACUUGAAGAAGAGCAUACACAAAAAGAAAACGACAAUACUUCCAACUGUACAAGAUAAAUGCAUUUCUUUACAUGAAUCCUUUGGUCUUUUAUGUCGGUGUGAUGAUGAACAUCUGAAAAAAGAAUUCAAGAACUUGAACAAUGUCGAUUUUCUAUGUUUUGGGGAUCUUAAUCAUGAAGAAAAAAAAUCCUUUGGGAUAAGAUUUCUUUCUUACUUCAGAAUUUCGGAAUCCCUUUGCUUUCUAAGUAAUAAAGAAACCCUCAGUGAAGAAGUUUCUCAACAUACCCGUACUCAUACCUCCACCACCAUCUCCCACUAA